AUGAUGCUGGUGGUUCGGCGAUGGGGGCUUUGCAGUCGCCGGAGCUUUUGCGCGGAGGCCCGCUGGAUCGCAAGUUCUUGGGAGGUGAGCUCCUGUGGUCGCGUACGAUCGAGAACUGGCAUCGUAAGCCAUGGCGCUUUGUCCUGCGAGGGUUAUCGACGUGUAACGAUUGGCCGGGAAAUGUACUCUGUACAUCGGUUGGUGGCCGCCACAUUCCUGGGCCCUCCACCAGCCUCCUCCAAGUGGGAGGUGAAUCACAUUGACAACGACAGGAGCAAUAACCAUGUAUGGAACCUAGUGUACGCCACACGCAGUGAAAAUGUUCAGCAUUCCUGGGCAGUCAAUGCCUCGCGCGGGACGACGGCAGAGAAGCUCGGCAAAUCUGUUCUGUGGAGGCCCUGUGGAAGUGACUCCUGGUCGCCGGCUGUUUCGCAGGCAUCAGCUGCAAAGCUGCUUGGCGUGAGCGAAAAGUGCAUCUCCCGCUGUUGUCGCGGCUUGGCUGCAAGCUGCAAGGCAGGAACGGCACGCUAUGAGUUUCAAGGACUGCACGAGCCGGAGCCGCUGCUUGACGGCGAAGUCUGGAAGCCAGCCACGCUCCCACAUGAAGAGAACCCAAUUUCAGGUCUCUUUGUCAGCAGCCACGGCAGGAUCUUGUCGUCGUCGUUCAGACACAAGUACGUCUCACGUGGAUGUUGCAACGCGAGUGGGUAUUAUGCAGUGCGGAAGGCAGGCAGGGCAUUUCUGGUGCAUCGUCUGGUAGCAGGGACCUUCCUCGCUCAGCCUGCGUGUUCCAGCUUGCAGGUGAACCACAAGGACUCAGACCGCGGAAAUAACCAUGUGCAAAACCUGGAGUAUGUCACCGCGUCCCAGAACAUGCGUCACGCGGCUAUGCAGAGAAAUGGCAGGUGGCAAAGGGCGAGACGCGGCAAGCUUGUGGAGGCCCGGUUGGCAGGAUCCCACGGUGCAUGGCUGCAGUUCGAGUCCAUCCGAGCGGCAGCAGCACACACGGGCACCACAACAACGCUCAUUUCGAGGAUUUGCCAGACGGAGCCUGGUAGCCAUCUGCCUACUGGAAAAUGGGACUUUCGCUUUGCUUCAGAUUCACAGGAGCUCCCGGGUGAGGAGUGGCGCCCGGUGGUCUUGGAGGGAGUCGCUGAGCAGGCGAAGGUCGUCAACGAGUACGAGCAGCAGGUGCAGCGGGUGGUUCAGCACAUCUCCGUCAUGAAGUCUGAGAACGAGGCGGUCAUGGCCAACAUCUCGGCGGGCGCGGAAGCCAAGUCCAAGGAGAUUCGGGCGGCCGCCCGCCGCGAUGCCUUCAACCUGAAGCAGGGAAUGAAGGCGCAGAAGUACGGCGAGCUCCGGAAAAAGUUGGAGCUCGAUGGCAAUCAGAUGAGCGAAUACUUCAAGAUUAAGUCCGUGCAGGGCCAGAGCAGCAGUGGCAAGGUCGUGGUCGGACUCCCUACGGUCGGCCAGGCGGCGCUGGCCGGCCCAAAGUCAAAGCACACGGACCUCUGA